GUCAGUGUGAACUAUCAUUUUCAUUUGAACAUUUGCCAUUACUAAAAAUGGCGGAGCCACAUAAAAAUGAUAGUAUUGUGAAGCCUGCAGUGCUGCAGCAGCCCCCCAUUAUAAUGAAAAUAGAUGGGCCAGAAGACUCAGAAGAGUCAAAUAGAAAAGAAAUUGAUGACAACGAGAAAAAUGAAGAUAAUGUAAACAACAGAGAGUUCAAGGUUUGCAGUCCAUCAUUUCGGCCUCAAAUAACAGCUCCAAACAACCCAUUUGCUAUCUCACAAAACAGAGUAUCAAAAAGUAUUCUGAAACCACCCCAAUUUAAUCUAAACAAUAGUGUAACUGCCCCUAAUAGUAAACCAUUCAUGUUGAAACCAAGUCAGCUCAAUUCAGUAGCUACUAAAUCUGAUAAUUGUGAAAAUAUAAACAGUGAUAAACAUGAAAUCCACAGUGACAAGAAAGUGAGUCAUGCAAAUGGAAGUGAUAAACCAAAGUUUGUUCCUUUGAUUGUACCAGUAAAUAAAACACAACAAACCAUAACAAGCACUCCAAAUCAGUCUUCCUCAUCUAGCAAUGCUGUCAACCCUUCAAGUGCUCCAUUUGUAUUUGGAGAAAACUUGCAUGACAGAGUAAUGGAUGCAGAAAAUAAAAUAGAAGAACCAAAAGCAUCAACAAGUUCAAGCACAAAUGGAACUUCUGAAAUGCUUUUCAGUAGUGCUUUGAAGCCUGACACUAAAGCUGAGAGUAUAGUAAAAGAAGUAAAAUCAUUGAGUGAAUCAGCUAGAGAGUAUGAAGAAUCCAGAGCAAGUAAAAGGAAGUAUGAAGAAGUGGAAGUGAUAACAGGGGAAGAAGAUGAAAAUAAUGUUAUGAAAAUAUGUUGUAAAUUAUUUGCUUUUGAUAAAGUUAACAGCAGCUGGCAGGAACGAGGAAGAGGAACUCUUAGGUUGAAUGAUUUUCAAUCUGAUGAUCAUAUUGCCAGCAGGCUUGUUUUCAGGACUACAGGCAGCUUGAGGGUUGUUCUUAAUACAAAAGUUUGGGCAGAGAUGGUGGUAGAAAAGGCAAGUGAAAAGAGUGUUAGAAUAACUGCUCUUGAUCCUAAUGGAGAAAUAAAAGUUUUUCUAAUAAUGAGUAAUAUUGAAGAAGCAACUAGGCUAUUCUCCCUUCUUCAGACCCGUUUGGAAAGAGAAGUUUAUGCCCAAAAAUGCAAAAAACACCUAUCUUCAGAAAAUCGAAUGGAAGGCAACUGAUUUUUAUCAUCAUCAUUAUUAUGGAUAACCUAGUAUUGGCACCUUCAUAUGUCUGCUAUGAUCUUAUCAAUAGACAAGUAUACAGAUAUAAUGUCUGUUGUGGGAGUGUGCUACUACAUAGUGAUAAUGAAGGAGAGUGAAUAUGAACAGAUAUAAGUGCAGGUUCUUGUAUAUUUAAACCUAGUACCUAGAGUACAAUGCUGGAUUCACUUGAAAAUCUAUGGCCCAGUGAUUCAAAUAAACUCACCAGGUUUAUUUAGAAUUUUAGUCUACUUCUUAUGUUUAUAAUUUUAUAAUUAUCUGUUAGCAUUUAAAACAGUUCCUAAUAAUUCAGGAUCACAUCAAGUUC